CUGUUUCUUACUGACGCUCAUCCGCGAAAGCCAUGUUACUGGUAGCAAAGCCCCCUACAACCUUCUGGCUAUCUCCGGUCGGGUACGAUCAUCGUGGCUUAUUGAGCUUGAAAUUCCGGCAAUCGUUUGUCUUUGUCAAACCUAAUUCGAAAUUUUCCUUUUCGAAUUCAGCCCAUGCAUGUACAGAGGGCUACACCCCAGCAUUGGAAACGAAAAGGAAAAGCUAUAUUGAUGUUGAACUGGAUAAUUCCCACAAAAUUGUCGAGUUUUGUGAAAUGGGUGAUCUCAAAAAUGCUAUGGAGCUUCUUUGCGGUUCUCAAAAUUCCUACUUUGACUUGGAUACUUAUUGCUCCAUCUUGCAGCUAUGUGCUGAACAAAAAUCUAUACGAGAUGGAAGAAGGGUUCAUUCUAUAAUUGAAUCUAAUGGGGUUAUGAUAGAUGGAAUCUUGGGGGUGAAACUAGUUUUUAUGUAUGUUAAAUGCGGGGAUUUAAAAGAAGGGAGGGUGAUUUUUGAUAAACUUUCUGAAAAUAAGGUUUUUCUAUGGAACCUUAUGAUCAGUGAGUAUUCGGGAAAUGGUAACUAUGGAGAGAGUAUAAAUUUGUUCAAGCAAAUGCUGGAGUUAGGGAUAAAGCCUAAUUCAUAUACAUUUUCUAGUGUUUUGAAAUGUCUCGCAGCAGUUGCACGUGUAGAAGAGGGUAGGCAGGUUCAUGGGUUGAUCUGUAAAUUGGGUUUUAAUUCUUAUAACACAGUCGUUAAUUCAUUAAUUUCUUUCUACUUCGUGAGUAGAAAGGUUAGAGAUGCACAGAAGCUGUUCGAUGAAUUGACUGACCGAGAUGUCAUUUCAUGGAACUCUAUGAUCAGUGGCUAUGUUAAGAAUGGCUUAGAAGACAAAGGAAUCGAGAUUUUCAUAAAGAUGUUAGCUUUCAGUAUUGAUUUUGAUUUGGCUACAAUGGUCAAUGUGCUUGUAGCUUGUGCAAAUAUGGGUACUCUUUUGUUGGGUAAGGCACUUCAUUCUUAUACAAUAAAGGCUGCUGCUCUUGAGAAAGAAGUUAUGUUCAAUAAUACUUUACUGGACAUGUACUCAAAAUGCGGGGCUUUGAACAGUGCCAUUCGGGUUUUUGAGAGAAUGGAUGAGAAAACUGUUGUAUCGUGGACUUCGAUGAUCACAGGCUAUGUUCGUGAAGGUCUGUCCGAUGGUGCAAUCAAGUUGUUUGAUGAAAUGAAAAGCAAAGGCAUUCUACCAGAUGUCUAUGCUGUUACAAGCAUUCUUCAUGCUUGUGCUAUAAAUGGCAACUUGAACAGUGGGAAGAUUGUACACAACUACAUCAGAGAAAAUUACUUGGAAACUAACUCGUUUGUUAGUAAUGCUCUUAUGGACAUGUAUGCCAAGAGCGGCAGCAUGAAGGACGCACAUGAUGUAUUUUCUCACAUGAAAAGGAAGGAUGUUAUUUCAUGGAAUACUAUGAUCGGAGGUUACUCGAAGAAUCGUCUUCCAAAUGAAGCUCUUAACUUGUUUGCAGAGAUGCAAAGAGAAUUAAAGCCCGACAGCACCACAGUGGCGUGCAUCCUUCCUGCCUGUGCGAGCCUUGCAGCUUUGGAUAGAGGGAGGGAAAUCCAUGGAUAUGCAUUAAGAAAUGGAUAUUCUAAAGACAAAUAUGUGGUUAAUGCACUAGUCGAUAUGUAUGUGAAGUGUGGGCUAUUAGUUCUUGCCCGGUCACUCUUUGAUAUGAUUUUCAAUAAGGACCUUGUUUCAUGGACAGUGAUGAUAGCUGGAUAUGGGAUGCAUGGCUUUGGUAGUGAAGCCAUCAAUACCUUUAAUCAGAUGAGAAUUGCUGGGAUUGAGCCCGAUGAAGUAUCCUUCAUUUCAAUCCUUUAUGCCUGCAGCCAUUCUGGAUUGCUCGAUGAAGGAUGGAAAUUUUACAAUAUUAUGAAGAAAGAAUGUCAGAUUGAACCCAACCUGGAGCAUUAUGCCUGUAUGGUGGAUCUUCUCGCCCGAACCGGGAAUCUGGUGAAGGCACAUAAAUUCAUUGAAACGAUGCCAAUCAAACCAGAUGCCACAAUUUGGGGUGCGUUGUUGUGCGGAUGCAGGAUACACCAUGAUGUCAAACUAGCAGAGAAAGUUGCAGAACAAAUCUUUGAGCUAGAACCAGAAAACACUGGCUAUUAUGUACUUUUGGCAAACAUCUAUGCAGAGGCAGAAAAAUGGGAAGAAGUUCAAAAGUUAAGGAAGAAAAUCGGACAACGCGGUUUGAAGAAGAAUCCAGGCUGCAGUUGGAUAGAGAUUAAGGGCAAGGUCAACAUCUUUGUUGCUGGAGAUUGCUCCAAACCCCAAGCCAAGAAGAUAGAGCUACUUCUGAAAAGACUAAGAAGCAAGAUGAAAGAAGAAGGUUACUCUCCAAAAACAAGGUAUGCUUUGUUAAAUGCAGAUGAAAGGGAAAAGGAAGUAGCCCUUUGUGGGCACAGUGAGAAGUUAGCCAUGGCUUUUGGUAUGCUGAAUCUCCCACCCGGUAAGACCAUACGGGUGACUAAAAAUCUCCGAGUUUGCGGCGACUGUCAUGAGAUGGCUAAGUUCAUGUCGAAGUCCGCCUCAAGAGAGAUCAUUUUGAGAGACUCUAGUCGAUUUCAUUAUUUCAAAGAUGGAAAUUGUUCUUGUAGAGGUUACUGGUGAAUAAAUUGUUAGUGGCUUCAUAAUCCAAUUGGUAUUUUUGCUCUUUUUCCUAUUGAAGUUAACAACUUUGCAAAUGAAUUGAUGGAUGAAAGGAAGAACCCAGUUCGAGACAGAGAGUUAGAAAGUUGAAAAACUGAACAUAAAUCUUAUUGAGACAAUACAGCAAAUCAAGUCAUAAUAGGAGAAAAAACAAAAGCGAAAGAAAUGAUGUUGAUAACACCUAAAAUAAACACAUCAAAACAUGCCGCACUGAAAAUCCUCCUCCCUUCAAAUAAUUGAAACCAAUCCACUAAAAAGAACAAACGCCAACCAAAUUAUCUUGUCCCUACAUUUACAGUGCUUAUGCCUCUCAUGAUUUCUUUACUAUUACUUCUAACCAAAAAGAAAGAAAAAAAAAAAAAAA